GUGCAUUUCAAUGGGCAUUAUCUGAGCAUGCGCAGAAUUACGCACAUCUUUCCUUUGAUCGAACUGAAAGGAUCAAAGGAUCAAAGAGCGCUGACGUCACGUUCGCGGCCACAAAAGUCCAUAAAUACCCCCUCUUCACCUUUGCAAACACAGUUUCACUUGGAGCAUUUUCAGAAACACUGAGUUGUUUUUGCAAACCAGGAACCUUUCAGAACCGGACUAUUUUUACAUUGAAACAGUUUCGAGAGGAAUCACACAGACUGUGUGGGUUGGUGGAGGGAGAAAUACCUGACCCUAUACAGCUUCAAGACAAAAUUAAAGAACUCCAGUUGGAGUUGAGCACCAUAAAGCUCAAAAAGAAUUAUUACCAAAACAAUUACUAUCGCUUAAGAGAUGAGCGUGAACACAGGUGUAAAGACGUGCAGGAAGAAUCUCUCCUUGAGCAGAACAGCAGCAUUGCUGCUCAGUUGUCCCAGAUGGAAAGUGAGAGAAACGAACAAAAGAAAGAGAACGCAAAUCUCAAGAAAGCCUUAGAGAGUCUUGAGUACCAAGUGGGAGAAGCUCAUCAUAAAACAACAAAAAAAGAUGAGAUAAUAGAUAAACAGAAUAGGGAAAUAGUACAAAAGCUGGAACAGAUAGUUGAACUGAAAAAAGAAAUAUGUAUUCUUCAGCGUAGGGUGAGACAUGCUCUGGACGAAAAGCAGUCACAGGUGGAAUCUCUGGAGGUUAAACUCCAGGAACAGGUUCAAACCAUUCAGACGAUGCACAAUGACUUUGUGGAAAAGGAAGAAUCUCUCCUUGAGCAGAACAGCAGCAUUCCUGUUCAGUUGUCCCAGAUUGAAAGUGAGAAGAAUGAACAAAAGAAAGAGAUCGCAAAUCUCAAGAAAACUUUAGAGAGUCUUGAGUGCCAAGUGGGAGAAGCUCGUCAUAAAACAACAGAAAAGGAUGAGAUAAUAGAAAAACAGAAUAGGAAAAUAGUACAAAACCAGGAACUGAUAGUUGAGCUGAAAAAAGAAAUAUGUAUUCUUCAGCGUAAGGUGAGACAGGCUCUGGACGAAAAGAAGUCACAGGUGGAAUCUGUGGAGGCUAAAUUCCAGGAACAGGUUCAAACCAUUCAGACGAUGCAGCAUGACUUUCAGGAAAUGGAAGAAUCUCUCCUUGAGCAGAACAGCAGCAUUGCUGCUCAGUUGUCCCAGAUUGAAAGUGAGAGGAAUGAACAAGAGAAAGAGAUCGCAAAUCUCAAGAAAGCCUUAGAGAGUCUUGAGUACCAAGUGGGAGAAGCUCAUCAUAAAACAAAAAAAGAUGAGAUAAUAGAUAAACAGAAUAGGGAAAUAGUACAAAAGCUGGAACAGAUAGUUGAGCUGAAAAAAGAAAUAUGUAUUCUUCAGCGUAGGGUGAGACAUGCUCUGGACGAAAAGCAGUCACAGGUGGAAUCUCUGGAGGCUAAACUCCAGGAACAGGUUCAAACCAUUCAGAUGAUGCACAAUGACUUUCAGGAAAAGGAAGAAUCUCUCCUUGAGCAGAACAGCAGCAUUGCUGUUCAGUUGUCCCAGAUUGAAAGUGAGAGGAAUGAACAAAAGAAAGAGAUCACAAAUCUCAAGAAAACUUUAGAGAGUCUUGAGUGCCAAGUGGGAGAAGCUCAUAUUGAAAGAACAAAAAAGGAUGAGAUAAUAGAAAAUCAGAUUAGGGAAAUAGUACAAAAGCAGGAACUGAUAGUUGAGCUGAAAAAAGAAAUAUGUAUUCUUCAGCAUAAGGUGAGACAGGCUCUGGACGAAAAGAAGUCACAGGUGGAAUCUGUGGAGGCUAAAUUCCAGGAACAGGUUCAAACCAUUCAGACGAUGCAGCAUGACUUUCAGGAAAUGGAAGAAUCUCUCCUUGAGCAGAACAGCAGCAUUGCUGCUCAGCUGUCCCAGACUGAAAGUGAGAGGAAUGAACAAGAGAAAGAGAUCGCAAAUCUCAAGAAAACUGUAGAGAGUCUUGAGUGCCAAGUGGGAGAAGCUCAUAUUGAAAGAAGAAAAAAGGAUGAGAUAAUAGAAAAUCAGAUUAGGGAAAUACUGCAGAAUCAGGAACGGAUAGUUGAGCUUGAGGAACACAUUGAAAGCAUGAAACAGUUUGGUGCAGAUCUUAAGAAUCAGCUGAAUGAACAUCUGCUGGCUGAGAAUUAUGCCCUUAAAGAAAAUGAAGAAAUCCUCACCAAAAAGAAUGAAACCCUCAGUGCUGAGUUAGCCCUGCUCCAGACAAUCACUGAGAAAAAACACGAAGAGUUAAAAAAUCUUACACAGCAAAUAUUUAGGCUGGAGAAUGCGGUUAAAGACAUCGAAAAUGUAAAACGAGCUCAACUGGAAUCUGUGAAGGCAAGAUCACAGGCAGAGAUUAAAACCAUUCAGAUGUCUCUGCAUGAGCUUCAGCAAAAGGAAGAGUUUCUCCUUGAGCAGAACAGCAGCAUUGAUGCUGAGAGGAAUGAACUAAAGAAAGAGAACACAAUUCUCAGGAAAGGUUUAGAAAAUCUUGAGUACCAAGUGAGGACGACAGAAAAUCUGACACAACAAAUGUUUACACUUGAGGAAAUAAUCAAAAAGCAGAACUGCAAAAUUGUGCACAUGCAGGACCUAAUAGAUGAACUUUCUGAACAUCUAGAAGUGAAGAGAAAGAUCAAUGAAAAUCUCAAGGAUCAGCUGAGAAGGGAGGAGGAGGAAAAAAAUUAUAUUGCUGCGCACAAUUUUGGAGACAGUUGUCAGAUCACUGAUGAACCUCUGCAGCUGGAGAAUCUUGCUCCUGAACCUGAGGACCUUGAUUCUCCUGUGUCAGAACCAUCUCCUGAUGUGGUUCUGACACAGGAGAAUCUUGCUCCUGAACCUGAGGAGCUUGAUUCUCCUGUCUCAGAAUCACCUCCUGACGUGGUUCCGACUAGUAGUUCAUGGCGUCACGGUGCCAGACGCCUACUUAAAGUAGGUUUAGGUCUUGCCGCAGCAGGCAUUGUUAUUCCUGCUGCUUAUUGGGCCUUUUCAAUGUUUAACAACUGUUCCCCAUAUGACUCUGUCUAUGGUGGCCUUGAGCCAUAUUGCUACCUUGGUCAUGGAUCAGUUCCCCUUUAA